GAUAAUCACGUGGGCUGUGUUUAUUUUUGGCCGAUGAAGGCGACAUAUACCAAACAAGAAAAACGUUGAAUAUAUUUAGCAGUAUUAGUUUAUGAUUUCAAAAAUUACGGGCAAUAAAUUUAUCAAUAUCUAAUUAAAACUGUUAAUUUACAUAUGGUUUGUAAAGUGGUGAUCGAGGCUCAUUAUAAUGGCAGAGAAAAUUGAUACCAAGAAUCAUCCACCCGAAUCGUCUCCCGAUGGGGGUUGGGGAUGGAUGGUUGUUUUAGGCGCAGCUUUGAUAAACAUGGUAAAUCAAGCCCUGUUCUCUGUUUUUGGUUUGAUUUUUGGUGAAACCUUAAAAGAUAUGGCUGGGGGACACGCUACUGGUAUCACACUAGUCAUGGCGGUGAGUGUUUGUGUUACUAACUUUUCGGGACUUCUUGUGGGACCAAUGAUGAAACGUGGAAUCAGUGUUCGGACUAUUACUAUUUUUGGGGUUUUAUGUGUCGGUGCUGGAAUGAUUUUGUCGAGUUUUGCCACAGGAAUUUGGCAUAUAGUUAUUAGCUAUGGAAUUUUUACGGGUUUGGGUUUGGGAUUGGUAGCGUCAUCAACAUUUUUAGCUAUUAGUGAAUAUUUUACAACCAGAAAAAGUACUGCAGUUGGUUUAUCAAUGGCUGGAACUAGUACUGGUCAAAUGGUGAUGCCAAUAGUUGUCGGGCUUUUAUUGAAAAACUUUGAAUUCAGUGGUACAACUUUAAUAUUGGGAUGCAUAAGUUGUUGUGGUAUGAUCGGAGCUUUCUUUUUCAAGCCAAUGUUCUGCUGCAAGAAAUUGGAAAAUGAGGAGAUUGAAAGUGGAAAGUAUGACCUGAACAGCAAUACAAACUUGAAUGAACCACCGGAGAAGAGGCAAGAUGAAAGAAAAGGAGAAUCACAAACUUUGUUAGAGAAAGAAGGAAAAGUUAAACAGAAUAACGUAGCAGAUAAUGUCGUAGUUAUUUCUAAAGAAAGCUUAAACGAAGAACGGCAUUCUUGCUUUAAAAAGAUUAUUCAAACAUGGGACCUUCAUCUGCUGAAAGAUUUCCGUUUCGUCCACAUGUCCCUUGGAUUAGGAUUAGCUUACGUUAGUUCCAUAAGUUUCAGCACAUUCUUUCCGAUGUUUCUGCAAGACGAGGUGCGUUUUGACAUGUGGCAAACUACCACCUGCAUGACCAUACUAUCAGCGGCUGACAUCGUGGGGCGGAUGACUAUAUCUGAAAUUUGUAGAAAAUUAAAUUUAGGAAACAGAUCGCAGUUUAUGUUAGGAGCUAUAUUGUUGGCGAUAGCUCGAUCAGUAUUAGUAUCGUCGACUACAUACAAAAUGGUGAUUAUCGUAUCUGGAAUAGUUGGAUACGUCAGAGCAGUAACCGUUAUUAACCAGAACUUAGUAAUAUCAGAAUAUAUUCCUAAAAAUGAGUUACCGUCUGCAGUUGGGCUUAACAUGUUCGUUAAAGGUUUCUUCGUUAUGGCCGUCGGAGAACCACUUGGUAUGCUCAAAGAUGCUUUCGAUUACGACACCUGUAUUCAUCUUCUGGACAUCAUCCUCGUUUGUAUUGUUAUCUCUUGGUCUAUUGAAAUACUUAUCUACAAGCGAAGAAAUCGGGUCCAAACUGAAAUUCCUAUUUCACCAUAGUUGGGUAAUUUUUAGCCUGUAAUAUAGAUACUUAAUAUUCA